AUGGCAUUUGUUUAUGCAAAAUGUUCAGCAAUGAAGAGGUUGGAAUUGUGGGAUCACUUGUAUUACUUAGCAAGUGAUAUGGAAUUAUCAUGGUUGGUAGGAGGGGAUUUCAAUGUGGUAUUGCAUGAAGAUGAGAAAAUAGGGAGACUUCCAGUACACCCUACUGAAUAUGAGGAUUUUGCAUUUUGUGUAAACUCUUGUGGUUUGCUUAAGAAAGGGUACAAAGGAAGUCCAUUUACAUGGUGGAAUGGGAGAUCCAAUGUUGAGUGUAUAUUCAAGAGAUUGAAUAGGACUUUUGUGAAUUUUCCAUUUCAGAACAUGUUGCCAACUAUUGAAGUUGAGCAUCAAAUCAGAAUUGGAUCAGAUCAUGCACCAUUGCUAAUGACAUGUGGGGUGCAGACAACCAAUUUUGCCAAGCCUUUCAGGUUAUUGAACUUUUGGACAAAGCAUACUACAUUUAUGGAUGUGGUGAGGCAGAAUUGGGAAGCUGAUUUCAUAGGGGAUCCGUUUUUGAUGUUCAAGAAGAAUAUCAAGAGGGUGAAGGCAGUGAAGGAGAUGUUUUUUGAAGAAGAGCCUAUAACUGAGAAUAGGAUUGUGCUUCAAAAGGCUCAAUCUGAAUUAACGAAAUACUUGAGUAUUGAGGAGCAGUAUUGGAAGCAAAAAGCUCAGAUGACUUGGUUUGCUGAAGGAGAUAGGAAUACAAGUUUCUUUCACAAUCAUGUCAAUGGCAAAAGAAAGAAAUUGCAACUGAAGAGGAUCAAAAGUGGUAGUGGGGGUAUGGAUUGA